AGAGCACCUCAUCGUCAGUGGACAGACCAUCCUCACUUCACUUGACUCACCAUGUAUCCUAUAGACCUUCUACCAUCGCCUAUUCACCUAGUCAACGACGCCUUCUGGCUGCUGCGGUCCUUUCAAGCCACCCGAAGGGCAUCGCCAGAAGUUCAGCCCAGCCCCAAUGACUUCGACGUUAACAUCCGAACGGAUACAGGAUUCUUGCCAGCGUCUCCAUUACCAAUGCUGCAAGGUCCCUAUGAUGGGGUGCUCAAGCUCGGCGAAACUCUAUUUGGCGCGCCAGAGGAGGUGCUUGCAGCCGGAGAGUCCUGGCGACAACGGAUACGAUCGAUGCCAAUCCUUCCCACGAACAUAUUGAUGGGGGACUCGAUGCUUCUACGCAGAGCGCAUCAGGUUCUAGCUUUCCUCGUCCACUUUUACGUACACUCCAUCCCGUCCGAUUCCGCGACCGGAUCGAUCGUCGUUCCACGUUCGCUUGUGGCACCCCUCAUGGCUGUCUCAGAAGCCUUGGAGAUAGCGCCGGUGCUCACAUAUUCCGACACUGUCCUCUGGAAUUGGGAGCUCAUUGACCCCGAACUCCCCGCAACGUUCGAGAACAUGCGGUUCGGACGGAUUCUUUUUGGUGGAUCGGAUGCAGAGCGCAACUUCUAUCAUGGUUCAGCUCGCACAGAACUGGUUGGGGUGGAAAUUCUGCAUAUCAUUCAUGAGUAUCACAACCUACCCAACGUUACCGAUCUGUCGUCGGUCCGCAAGAUAAACAGGCUGCUGGAGCGCCUGGCUGCUUGCAUCGAGGACAUCAGCUCUAGCAUCCAAGCAAUGCGGGAGGAAGUAGAUCCACUGGCGUUCUACUGGGAAGCGCGUCCCUGGUGGAAUGGUAGCGGAAGCGGGCCGGAUGCACCUGUCUGGAUUUACGAGGGGGUCGGAGAUACGUCCAAACUAGAUCUGAGCGGUCCGUCUGCGGGACAAAGUAGUGUCAUGCACGCGAUCGACCUCUUCCUGGAUAUCGAUCACAAACUUCAACAACGGAGGUACCCUGCCCCAUCAAGGGAGAACAAGAGGGCCGAUCAUGGAUUCAUGGCAAGGAUGCGACGGUAUAUGCCGGGGAAGCAUAGGAAGUAUUUGGAAUGGAUAGCCAAGUCCCCGAGGCCACUCAGGAGUGUCGCUCAGGAUACGCCUGUUAUCCGAGAGCACUAUAACGCAGCGGUCGCUGCGCUGAGGAAGCUGAGGGACCUUCACAUACGAGUUGCAUGCCUCUACGUCGUAACGAUGUCGCAUACCCGGCCACCUCCUAGUUGCCCGGUGGCAGCGGUUUUACGAAGGAUGGAGAGAGAAGCAGCAAGACAAGGACCGGCAACAGGUACUGGUGGGAACGAGCUCUCGGUCCUGUUGAAGGCCGGUCGUGAUGCAACUACGCGAGCGGUUCUGAGGGCGAACUAACGCCCGUGUAGCGAUAGUGACCAUAUAGUUUACUUACAGAUUUACAGUUAUUACACAGUUGUAGCAGCCAAGUUCUCCACUUGAUCCCCACAAAAUGAUAAUAGAACGUACAUACGUACAAACAAACCCCCUUUC